AUGGCUCUAUCAUCCAAAGCUGUCUCCGCGCCUGGAAAAGUACUCCUGGCAGGCGGGUAUCUCGUACUUGACCGUGAAUACACCGGGCUGGUGUUUGGCCUUGACGCUCGAAUACACGUGCACAUCCAGCCACUGCAUACUAGCUCGGGCGUCACCCUUUCCGAGAUCAUCGUCAGGUCUCCUCAGUUCAAGUAUGCAAUAUGGGAGUAUGGUUACAGGUGGACAGGGCCAGAUGGGGGAAUGCAAGUCACGCACUUGAGAGUUUCCGCCCUGCAAAAACUUCAAACGAAUCCUUUCGUCGAAACAGCACUCAGCUACGCCCUUUCGUACAUCUCCACAGUCGCCGGUCCCGCCAUCAAUCCAGCUUCGAUCACGAUUCUAGCAGACAACGACUACUACUCGCACACAGCGACCGACAAAGAGACUUCAAUGGACCGAUUCUCAAGCUUCGGAGUACCCCUGUCGGAAGCGCACAAGACUGGUCUCGGCUCAUCUGCGGCGCUCGUCACAGCAUUUACUGCGGCCCUUCUCGUUCAUUACCUGUCUGAGGACCAGUUCUCGCUUUCAAACGAUGCUGGAAGGUCGAGGCUACACAACCUAGCGCAAGCCGCCCACUGCGCCGCUCAGGGCAAGGUCGGCUCAGGUUUCGACGUCGCAUCUGCUGUCUAUGGGUCUUGUCUUUACCGGAGGUUCUCGCCUUCGCUGCUGGAGUCUCACGGAGAACCUGGCACUUCAGGCUUCGCAGCGGAGCUCAAGUCACUGGUUGAAGAAUCGGAUCCAUCCACCAAGUGGGAUACCGAAAUCGUCAAGUCAGCGGUAAAGGUGCCCAAUGGAUUACGGCUGGUGAUGUGUGAUGUAGACUGCGGCUCAAAGACGCCAGGAAUGGUCAAGAGGCUACUGGCAUGGCGGAAAGACGAGCCAGAAGAAGCGGACAGGAUAUGGAAGCAGUUGCAAGAGAAGAAUGAGGGCCUCGCCGCUGAGCUGGUGAGGCUUGCGGAAACCGAGUCACAUGACUGCCAACAGUUGCGAGAACGCAUCACGGGCAUCCGUGCCCUGACUCGGGAGAUGUCGAAGUGCUCUGGUGUGCCCGUCGAGCCGGAGUCGCAGACCAGGCUUUUGGACGCUUGCUCAUCGGUGCCCGGGGUUGUUGGUGGGGUGGCGCCUGGAGCUGGUGGCUUCGACGCUGUGGCACUCUUGAUCGAAGACAGGGAAGAAGUUAUAUCUGAGCUCAGUGGUUUGCUGGAGAGGUGGAAUCACGAUGAGCAGCAAGGAUCAGAAGCGAGGGUUGGAAGGGUCCGAUUGCUACGCGUUCGGGAAGAUAUGGAGGGAGUGCGCGCUGAAGAUCCUGCAGGAUACGAAGGCUGGCUGCAGUGA